AUGAUGCUAGUGUCUGAAGACAAGACGCCAGUGUCUGAAGACAAGACGCCAGUGUCUGAAGACAAGACGCCAGUGUCUGAAGACAAGACGUCAGUGACUGAAGACAAGACGCCAGUGUCUGAAGACAAGACGUCAGUGACUGAAGACAAGACGUCAGUGACUGAAGACAAGACGCCAGUGACUGAAGACAAGACGUCAGUAAUUGAAGACAAGACGCCAGUGACUGAAGACAAGACGUCAGUGACUGAAGACAAGACGUCAGUGACUGAAGACAAGACGCCAGUGUCUGAAGACAAGACGUCAGUGUCUGAAGACAAGACGUCAGUGUCUGAAGACAAGACGUCAGUGUCUGAAGACAAGACGUCAGUGACUGAAGACAAGACUCUAGUGUCUGAAGACAAGACGUCAGUGACUGAAGACAAGACGUCAGUGACUGAAGACAAGACGUCAGUGACUGAAGACAAGACUCUAGUGUCUGAAGACAAGACGUCAGUGACUGAAGACAAGACGUCAGUGACUGAAGACAAGACUCUAGUGUCUGAAGACAAGACGUCAGUGACUGAAGACAAGACGUCAGUGACUGAAGACAAGACGUCAGUGUCUGAAGACAAGACGUCAGUGACUGAAGACAAGACGUCAGUGUCUGAAGACAAGACGUCAGUGUCUGAAGACAAGACGUCAGUGUCUGAAGACAAGACGUCAGUGUCUGAAGACAAGACGUCAGUGUCUGAAGACAAGACGUCAGUGACUGAAGACAAGACGUCAGUGACUGAAGACAAGACGUCAGUGUCUGAGGACAAGACGUCAGUGUCUGAAGACAAGACGUCAGUGUCUGAAGACAAGACGUCAGUGACUGAAAACAAGACGUCAGUGUCUGAAGACAAGACGUCAGUGACUGAAGACAAGACGUCAGUGUCUGAAGACAAGACGUCAGUGACUGAAGACAAGACGUCAGUGACUGAAGACAAGACGUCAGUGUCUGAAGACAAGACGUCAGUGACUGAAGACAAGACGUCAGUGUCUGAAGACAAGACGUCAGUGUCUGAAGACAAGACGUCAGUGUCUGAAGACAAGACGUCAGUGACUGAAGACAAGACGUCAGUGUCUGAAGACAAGACGUCAGUGUCUGAAGACAAGACGUCAGUGUCUGAAGACAAGACGUCAGUGACUGAAGACAAGACGUCAGUGUCUGAAGACAAGACGUCAGUGACUGAAGACAAGACGUCAGUGACUGAAGACAAGACGUCAGUGACUGAAGACAAGACGUCAGUGACUGAAGACAAGACGUCAGUGUCUGAAGACAAGACGUCAGUGUCUGAAGACAAGACGUCAGUGUCUGAAGACAAGACCUCAGUGUCUGAAGACAAGACGUCAGUGAAUGAAGACAAGACGUCAGUGACUGAAGACAAGACUCUAGUGUCUGAAGACAAGACGUCAGUGACUGAAGACAAGACUCUAGUGUCUGAAGACAAGACGCCAGUGACUGAAGACAAGACGCCAGUGUCUGAAGACAAGACGUCUGUGACUGAAGACAAGACGCCAGUGACUGAAGACAAGACGCCAGUGACUGAAGACAAGACGCCAGUGACUGAAGACAAGACGUCAGUGUCUGAAGACAAGACGUCAGUGACUGAAGACAAGACGUCAGUGACUGAAGACAAGACGUCAGUGACUGAAGACAAGACGCCAGUGUCUGAAGACAAGACGUCAGUGACUGAAGACAAGACGCCAGUGUCUGAAGACAAGACGUCAGUGACUGAAGACAAGACGCCAGUGUCUGAAGACAAGACGCCAGUGUCUGAAGACAAGACGCCAGUGUCUGAAGACAAGACGCCAGUGUCUGAAGACAAGACGCCAGUGUCUGAAGACAAGACGCCAGUAGCAGUAUGGCAGUGA